AUGGUUUUCGUUUCACGUCUACUUCAAAAUGAAUCUGUAACAUUUAAUGAUGUUUUGCUGACUGAUUUCAGCGAGCCCGCCAAUACAACAAAGACUAGCCAACUGGCAGAAGAUUAUUAUGGUGCACACAGUGCACUCCUUAUUCCUUUGACUCUUAUAUUCCGAUGGGGUGAUAAUUCGACACGACCGGUCAUACACCACCGACUGCCCAACAUCGGGUUGUUACUUAGACUUUCAAAACAGAAAGACUCAAUAACUAAACUUUGCCCGACCCGGGACUCAAAUCCCAGGACCUCCGGAUCUGCAGCCGUACAAGCUAGCCACAAAGCUACCGAGGUAGUCAAACAUUUAAUAUCAAAACUUUCGAAUCCAUAUAUCGAAGACCGUAUCAAGUUAUUGAAAAAAGAA